AUGUCUUCUGAAGACGUUUCACGCGUCGACGUCCUCGUUAUCGGGGCUGGCCCGUCAGGGCUAAUGUUGUCGACAUGGCUGGCUCGGCUGGGCAUUCAGACAAGAAUUAUCGACAAGCGCCUCAAUAAGGUCCACUAUGGACAAGCAGAUGGACUUCAAAGCAGAACAUUCGAGAUCCUUGAUUCCCUCGGCAUUGGUCAGACCAUAUGGUCCAAGGCAAGCCGCAUGAUUGAAAUCCGGUUCUGGAAUCCCAACGAGCAUAACGAACUCCAAAGGUCUGAUACCAUCGUGGACACGCUGCCCGGCCUUAGUCGAUUUCAACAAGCUACACUGCAUCAAGCACAUAUCGAAGACGGUCUCCUUGGAUAUAUUCAAAAACACAGCGAUAUCGAGGUAGAGUACGGGCUAAUGCCUGAGCACCUGAGCAUCGACACUGGGAAGGUUGAAGCGGAUAAUGAACAUCCAGUUACCGUAACGCUCAGACACCUUCCCAGGAACGAAUCGGAACUGGACAAGCAAAAUGGCACCAACGAAUCCAACGUUCCCAAUGGUCUCUAUAGAAGCAAUCUUACCGCUGAUACAACCGAUGCCGUACUCCAAGAUGCCCAGUCAAAUCAAGACACUCGUACGGAGACGGUUUUGGCAAAGUACGUUGUUGGCUGUGAUGGUGCUCAUUCAUGGACUCGCCGACAAAUUGGAAGCGUGAUGGAAGGCGAACAGACCGAUUUCAUCUGGGGUGUCCUGGAUAUCAUCCCUAUAACUGAUUUUCCUGAUAUCCGAUAUCGUUGCGCCAUCCACUCUGAAGCGGGCAGUAUGAUGGUCAUCCCGAGAGAGGAUAAAUAUGUUAGACUGUACAUCCAAGUCACGGCAAUGAACGCGGACGGAGAAGCGGUUGAUCGUUUCAAGGUCACUCCUGAAAACUUAUUGGACGCAGCGAGGAAGAUUCUUGCGCCCUAUAAGUUGAGCUACAAACACUGCCAAUGGUGGACAGCAUAUAGAAUCGGCCAGAGAGUCGGGUCAAAGUUCUCUGUUCACAAUCGAGUCUUCCUAGCCGGUGAUGCUGUGCACACUCACAGUCCCAAAGCAGGCCAAGGGAUGAAUAUCAGCAUGCACGACACCUACAACCUAGGGUGGAAACUCGCAUCUGUGAUCAAGGGCCGAGCUAACCGCUCCAUCCUGGAGACCUACAACACGGAGAGACGGCAAAUCGCUCAGGAACUCAUUGACUUCGAUCGCAAAUUUUCCCGCCUGUUCUCCGGUAGGCCUUCGAAGGACAUUCUAGACCAAGAGGGGGUCGACUUAGAGACUUUCAAGAGGGUUUUCGACCAGGGAAAUCUUUUCACCAGUGGCUGCGCCGUGAAUUACGCCCCAAGUCUGAUUGUCAGGAAACAACCAGCUCUAGCCAGCGAGCAUAAUGAGACCAAUGGGACUCAUGGGACUGACCAACACCCACAAAGCGUGGUAGGGAAACAGACCCUCGCCUCCAAAAUCCCCAUUGGAAUGCGAAUCCCCAGCUACAAGGUGUUGAACCAGGCCGACGCUCGACCGUGGCACCUUCAAGAACUCCUACCAAGCAACGGAACGUGGAGGAUCCUCGUCUUCGCAGGAGAUAUCUCGAAGCCAGAUCAACGAUCGCGCUACGAAGGUCUGGGCAAGGCACUGGAUUCUCCAGACUCCUUUAUCCACCGAUACGGUGGCCAGGGAGGAAAGUUCAACUCGAUCUUCGAGGUUGUGACCAUCCACGCGGCACCACGGAAUAGUGUGGAACUGCUCUCACUUCCCGACGUCUUCCAUCCUUUCAACGAAGAUAUUGGCUGGGACUAUUGGAAGGUGUAUGUGGACGACAUUUCGUAUCAUGAGGGCCAUGGGCAAGCGUACGAGAACUAUGGUAUCAAUCCUCGGACCGGGUGCGUCGUCAUCGUCCGCCCCGAUCAAUAUGUGAGUUGGAUUGGCGAACUGGAAGACGUGGAUGAAAUGGACGGGUUCUUCGGGUCGUUCAUGAUACCCGCAAAGAUGGAUCAGUAG